CAUAGUUUUCCCUAAGUAGCUUUAAACAUGUGAAUACUUUUCCACUUUGUUAAACUACUAAUUCGUGCAUUUAAUUGUAUUGUAACGUAGACGACCUGAUUGGACUUAUAAAAAUUAUCAUUUGCUUGGUAAAUUAAGCAUGAGAAGAUAAGAACUGAUAAGUAAUUAUAAUUUUUGAUAAGUUUUUUUUACAAAAAUUGUGAGCCAUGGCACCUAAUUGUGUGAAUACUGGGAAUUCAACUCUCGAUGAUCAAAUCAACGAAUGGUUGAGUUGGAAUAAAGAUAUCAAAGCAGAAAUGGAAAUAAAAAAUUUAAUUGAUAAUGGACAGAUUAAAACCUUGUCACAAUUAUUUCUCAAAAGACUUGAAUUUGGUACUGCUGGCCUUAGAGGACAAAUGGGUCCAGGAUAUAAUCAAAUGAAUGAUUUGGUUAUUAUACAAACUGGUCAAGGAUUAGUGAAAUAUUUAUUAAAAAUCAUUCCCGAUGUUACAGAAAAAGGUAUUAUUUUAGGAUACGAUGGUCGAUACAACAGUAAAAGAUUUGCUGAAUUGACCGCAACUAUUUUUUUAAAUAAAAAAAUUAAAGUUUAUAUGUAUUCGAAGGUUUGUCCUACACCGUUCAUUCCAUACGGUGUACUUAAAUACAAAUGUGCUGCCGGUGUUAUGGUCACUGCCUCGCACAAUCCUAAAGAAGAUAAUGGCUAUAAAGUCUAUUGGGAAAAUGGAUCACAAAUUAUCACACCUCACGAUAAAGAAAUUCAGAAAAGCAUUUUAGAAAAUCUAGAACCUCUACAAUCAUCAUGGAAUACAUCUUCUAUUUAUACUAACUCGAUAUUUAAGGAUCCAUUAACAGAAGUGAUGGAAGCAUACUUUAGUGAUAUUAAAAAAAAUGUUUUAUACCCAGAAGUUAAUAGAAAAACUUCAUUGAGGUUCACUUACACUCCUGUACACGGUGUUGGUUAUAAUUAUAUGGCCGAAGCGUUUAAAGUUGCUAAUUUCAAUCCCUUUAUUGUAGUUGAUGAACAAAAGAAUCCAGAUCCUGAAUUCUCAACGGUUAAGUUUCCUAAUCCUGAAGAGCCUAGUGCACUAGAAUUAAGUAUUAAAACGGCAAAUGAUAAUGAUUCUACGAUUAUUAUAGCUAAUGAUCCUGAUGCAGAUCGACUUGCAUGCGCUAUAAAAAAUAAUGGUGAUUGGCAUGUAUUUUCUGGAAACGAGCUCGGAGCUUUAUUAGGUUGGUGGAUGUUACAUACAUUUAAAGUGAGACAACCUGAUUGUAAUCUCGCAGAUGCUUAUAUGAUGGCAUCCACUGUGUCUAGUAAAAUACUGGCAUCGAUUGCAAAGAAAGAAGGCUUUAAAUUUGAGGAAACUUUAACGGGCUUUAAGUGGAUGGGCAAUAAAGCCUCUGAAUUGAUCAAAUUUGGAAAGACAAUUUUGUUCGCUUAUGAAGAAGCUAUAGGAUUUAUGUGUGGCUCAAACGUAUUGGAUAAAGAUGGAGUGAGUGCUGGUACACGCAUUGCUGAAAUGGCAGCAUAUCUUCAAACAAUGGGUUUUACACUGAUCGAUAAAUUAAACGAAAUAUAUAGCGAGUAUGGUUAUCACAUUAGUGAUAAUUCUUACUGGAUUUGUCAUGAACAAGAAACAAUAAAAAGCAUUUUCAAUCGUCUGAGAAAUUUUGAUGAUAAAGCAAACACCUAUCCAACCUGCAUUCUUGAAGGAAAAUAUCCUAUCAGAAGCGUUCGAGACCUAACCACUGGGUAUGAUAACACUCAGCCUGGAAAUCGAGCAGUUUUACCUGUUUCCAAUUCAAGUCAAAUGAUAACGUUUACUUUCAAAAAUGGUUUAGUUACCACUCUUCGAACUAGUGGUACAGAACCAAAAAUUAAAUAUUAUAAUGAACUUUGUGCUUCUCCAGAUCAAAAGGAUGUAACGAAGCUACAAAGUAUUUUGACCGAAAUGGUAUCUGCUAUUGUCAAAGAGCUUUUGCAGCCUGAAGCAAAUAAUUUAAUUGCUCGUAGCUAGUAUAUAUUCUAAUCUAUGCCAACAUUAAAAACACUAUUUAGGGAAAAUAUAUUUAUUAUAAUUAUGAAAAUUGCACUGGCGAACGAAACUAUUUUUUAGUCAAACGAACUUACAAUAAUAUUUUUUUUUUUAAUUUGUUAUUAAAAUUAUA